AUGGGGAAAUUCCAUGGUCAUGCUUACCCAGGGCUAUUUCUUUUCUGUAAUGGAUUGUAUCAGGCCAUAGUGAUAUUCAGUGACUCACUCCAAUCUUUGUGCCCUCCCAAGAAGAAAGGGAGAUGGUCCAGGCUGUGGAAAAUAUCCUAUGAAGGUUUGCUGAAGAUAGUGGCUGGCUCUCUCUUAGUGGUUUAUGUCAACAACUGCAUCGAAGGAGGAAUAAUAUUGAUGGACAGGGAGCUGCCACCAAGGUUUCUGUACUCCAAAGAGUGGCAGCACCUCACCAUGUUCACCCUCCUCAUACUCAUGGGCUGUGUAGAUGUCAUGAGCAAGAACAUGCUCCCUCAGAGGUGUGUGGUCCUAGAAAAAGGUGCCCUGGCCCUGUCCUUCUAUGAGCUCCUGCUACUGAUGGUGUCACAUGCUAAGGGGUCAUCAGGGAUAGAGCUGMAAGUUCAUUCUCUGCUCAUCUUGGUGGUAUUCCUGAUCCCUACCACYCCCAGACACACUCCUAUUCCCUGCACACUCUGCAACAAGCCCAGAACUAUUAAGAUACCCUAUGAAGGCUUCACGUGCUCUUGUACCAGRUUCUCCAUCAUCCCUUCUACCUGUGCUCACUGCCAGUUUCCCAACAUCUACGACUACUCUUAG